GCUGAGCACGCAGUCUGUCUCCAGCGCGCGUAUAGAGCGCACGUCGCGCUUCCCGGUGAUGAAUCGAACGCGAAAAUGACCGACGAAUUGGAAAAAUCAUCGACGGAAAACGUCACGGUGGUGACGGGAAACUUCCCGACCGUAUCGAGCCUGAAGUCCGAGGACUCCACAGAGCAAUUGAUCUGCAAGACGCCACAGAAGCUGCCGAAGAAGAAGAAGAGUUGUAAAAGUGUCAGUUCGAAGAGUGUCGAGGCCGGUAGUGAUGAAGGUGGGCCGAGGCGUGUGGUGGUGUUCCUGGGGUUGUCGCAGGUGAUCUUGGGCGCGCUGUUGGUAGGCGCGGGCGCCUUGGCCGUGGUCAAGGGAGCUUCGCUGUCGCGGGUCGGCGCCGGGCUGUGGUCGGGCUGCGUGGCCGUCGUGGCCGGAGUGGUUGGAGUGCUGGCUGGGAUUAAUGACUGUUGUGGAUUGAAUAAUACCUCUGGUAGUGGGCUGUUGACUGCAUUCUUGGCGCUGUCGCUGCUGUGUCUCGCGUGUGGGAACAGCGCCGCCGUGCUUGCUGCCACCGGUCUGCAGCGCGACUCGCUACGGCAACCUGAACCCCUCACCAGUUUUGAGGAUGAAAUGCAAGCGUGGACUCCGGUGCUAGCUAACAUCGCGCUGCUCAUCAUAGCCUCAGUCCACUGUCUGGUCUGCAUCGUCUCUAUCUACCAUCUCUCUAAGAGAAUUUGUCCUUGCUUCCGUCCGAAGCAGGCCUUCGACCACAACCAGUUCGACCCGGCCUUCAAGCCGGUACAGCCCUGUGUCUUCCAUGUGGACGAGAUCAAAAAGGCCCAAGAAGCGGAGAAGAUAAGAGGACAUGAACUCUGUAAGGAGUUGGAGGCGAAGUUGCAAGGAGAGACGCUUAAAAAGAAAAAGGAGGAACCAGAAUUUGGAAGUGCUAACAGUAAGGAGAAACUGGUGACAAAGUGGCUCGGCCGUCACCACACAGUGACCACUGCCGUCCGUCCUCCCAGGAGCAAAGGCGUUAGGAAACCAAGGAAACCUCCACCAGGCGCGAUGAUGCUCGUCCCUGCACAUCCAGCGAGCACGCUCGGGCGCGUUCCUGUGAGUAUGGUGGUACCACAAAGGUAUGCGACACUGCCGCUACCGCCCGCUCCUUACCCGCCACCACUUUACUACCCCGUGCCUGAUGCGCGAGUUCGGCGACGCCGCUCGCCCCGUGCGGUGCGCACCGAGCGGCGCACGCGUCGCGGUCGCCGAGAGGACGCGCAGCUGACGCGAUCCCUGGAGCGUAUACAUCGCAAACGACGCGCUGACAGAGAGCAUCCCUCCCUGGACGACUUGAAGAGAACUUACACAGGAUUGGAUAGAGCGUACGCGGAGCAGUUCAUCGCGGUGUGUGACGAGAGCCGGCACGCGGCGGAGCAGCACGACUCGCUCGCUAGCACAGCCACCGACUCCUCGCACUCGCAUCACUCGCACUAGCACACACACACACAAGUGUCUUAUACAAUCCCAUAUUUCAUAUUAUCAUCCUGUUAUCUAAAGCUGCAAGUACAUUUGACAUGACCAGACAUUUGGUACUGUUCCUUGUUACCAACUAAAUGCUUUUAAAAAUAAAUGCAAACGUGUAAUAUUUCUGUAAAUAAAUAGCUUAGAAGCUCCGCGUGUGGCCUGUAAUCCCAAUAACAUAUACACAUUGUGUAAGACUAAAUAAAAAAAAACUUAUGUAAAUUAAUACGCCUGAUCAAAUCUAAUAGCAAAAGUAACAGAGUGCGUUAUAGGCCUACUAGCUACAAUCAAUACCUAAAUUUAAAUAUACAUAUUAUACAUAUAGUCGAUUCCAAUAGCAGUCGAGUAAAGAUAAAUAAAAAUCAUUAACCUUGAAUUUAAACGACAUCAUUGGUCGUGAUCUAAAUAAUCUGUGGUAAUCAUUAUGGAUUCGUGAAAAAAUGGCGUAUUGAAACUGUUAUCCGAACUUUAGAAGUAAAAUUAAAGUGGAUAUUAAGUAGUUGAGUCGAAUAGGGUUGCAUUAUAAAUAAAUGUAUAUAUUAUUCGAUAACUGUUUGAAGUUCAUAUUAUAGCAGAACUAUUGGCAAAUCGCAUGGAAUAUGUAAAUAUAACGUUUAUUUCAACUCCAUCUUUAAUUGGAAUAGCUAUACCUACUAGCAAUAUUAAACAUAUUAAUGUAACGACACAAAAUUAAACAUAACCUAUCUUGAAGACAUUUUUAAUACAAUAUUUAUUAUCUGUUUAUGUAAAAUCGGGGCAAAUUUAGAUUAUUUAGGAACAAAAAUUAUUAUAAUUAUUACAUGAUAAGUACAUCGUUGUAGAUAUUUUUUUAUGUCGAGCAAAAAAAAAUAUAUUCUGCUUUUUUUAUUUAUUUUAUAGUUAUGUAUAAUACUAAUAAGUCUUUAUUUCUUCUGUAUACACGAGCUUGCAGUAGAGACGAGUGUAAUGAUAAUAUAAAUAUUUUAUAAGUUAACACAAUAAUUAAGAGUAUGGUACCAAACUAAACGGGAUAGCUUUAUGACAUUAGUUUUAUGACAUACUAACUCACUCAAAACGUUACUAACUAAUGCACCAAACUAAAAUGUUUUUUUUUAAUACAUUACACAAAUAUAUUAUUUGUAAAUAAUUUACAGCAUAUAUAAUGAUACCUAAUGUUAUCUGUAGUAAAAAAAAAUGUCCUGUUAAAAUAAAUAAUAUUCUUUCGCAUUUGUGUUUAAACAAAAAAACGUAAAAACUAAUUGUAAUUAAAAAACAUGUUCUGUAUUUAAUGAUAACUUAAAAUAACAGUAAUUUAAUUUUGGGGUUCAAGGAUAACAAGUUUUGAUCACCGUAAUUAACCCACCCUUACUAACCAAUUUAUAAUGUAAAUUUGUUCUAUAUCGUCAAAUAUCUGUGUUAUUCCAUACUUUAAGUUCUUAUUAUUUAGUUAUAGUUAAAUAUGUAGAUGUAAAACAUUUUAUCCCUAAAAUAAUCGUGCUGGAAAAAACAUGAAAAAAAUAUAAAUAAUUUGACAACGAUCAAGCCAAUCUUUGUACUUGAAGUUGUAAUAUUUUUGACAUAUUAUUUUUACAUACCUAUAAACAUGCGUAAAUCAUGCGUAAAAAAUUGCUUAUACGUGCUAAUAUAAUAUGAAUCAGUCAUAUUAAAAAUACUUUUAACUAUUAAUAGCUUAUAUAAUUAUGAUGCCUUUUUCGCAAUUUUUGGAUAACGAUUAUAAAUUGGUUAUCAAUUAUAUAUAACCUCAACAGUAACAACAAGAAAAGAUUAUUGAAUUGUAUAAUAUUGAUUAUAAACAUCGACCACCAUUGAAAUAAAAUGUUUUACAUCUGCGUGUAGCGUAAGUUUCUAACAUACUUAGAUAUAAAAUGUAUAUUUGAACUCAAGUCCAAUGUACCUAACCGGUGCCAAAUUCUCGUUGAAAACGACACAAUUGGUUUGUAAAUAGCUAACACAUCUAAAUUUGCUCAAUUCGCAUUAUUUAAUUUAGAUAUUAAAUAACUAUAGUGUAAUGUAUCAAUCAUUUAUAUCACAUUAUCGUUACCACUUUCAUUAUUUCGACGUUUCAUUAUUUCAUUUAGUAGCGUUAUUUUUUUAAGGAGUCGCGUAUUCUAUUGAGAUUAAUUAGCUAAAUAAGUGUAGUUUCAUUGUAAAUAUAUUUUUAGUUUUUUAUAUUUAGGUAAUUAUAUUUUUUAUUAUUAUUUUUUUUAAUAUCAUUAGUGAAGCAAUGCCUUUUUCAUUUGAAUGUCAAAUCAAUAAUGACAGAAGAGUGAAAUCAGUGUUUAGCUUAACAGCCGCUAAGCGACCUUUAUAAAUAAGGCCCUUGAUAAUUAUUAAUUGGAGGAGAUAUAUUUUUAUUCAAUUAAUUCUGGUUAAUAAUAAUUAUAAAUUAUCAACAAUGUAUGAAUAUCCAGAUGAUUUACUUUAGUCCUUCGAUACUAGUUAUUUUUAUCUGUAUAUAGAGGAAAGCAAUUAUUUAAUGUAAAAUUUACUGCUUGUAAAGUUAAUAAAUAUACUUUU